AUAAAUUAGUACAAAUAGAUGAGUCAUCGGUGCUAGGGCUAAACACUGGCCCGUCGUCUUCCUCGGCGCACGGCGGCGAUGGCGAACCCCAACUCUGGAGCGUCUCUGGUCGGUGGGCCGGACGGCACCAAGCGGCGCGUGAGUUACUUCUAUGAGCCGACCAUCGGCGAUUACUACUACGGCCAAGGCCACCCCAUGAAGCCCCAUCGCAUCCGCAUGGCUCACAACCUCGUCGUCCACUACUACCUCCACCGUCGCAUGGAGAUCUCUCGCCCCUUCCCCGCCUCCGCCACUGACAUUCGCCGCUUCCACUCUAACGAUUACGUUGACUUCCUCUCCUCUGUCUCCCCUGAGACCGUCGCUGCUCUCUCCUCUUCUGCCCCCGGCUCUGCCCAGGACUCGACUUCUUCCUCCGCCGCUGGAUCCUCUGCCAGGCAGUUUCGCCGGUUCAAUGUUGGCGAGGACUGCCCUGUGUUCGAUGGUCUCUUCGAGUUCUGCCAAGCCUCUGCUGGCGGUUCCCUUGGUGCUGCCGUAAAGCUCAAUCGCGGGGAUGCUGAUAUUGCCAUCAAUUGGGCUGGCGGCCUUCACCAUGCCAAGAAAGGCGAGGCCUCUGGAUUUUGCUAUGUCAAUGAUAUUGUGCUUGGAAUCCUUGAACUCCUUAAGUACCACCAGCGGGUGCUGUAUGUGGAUAUUGAUAUCCACCAUGGAGAUGGAGUUGAAGAGGCUUUCUAUACAACUAACAGAGUAAUGACUGUUUCCUUCCAUAAGUUUGGGGACUUCUUCCCCGGAAGUGGUCACAUAAAAGAUACUGGUUAUGGGCAAGGGAAGUACUAUGCUCUGAAUGUACCUUUGAAUGACGGCAUGGAUGAUGAUAGUUUUCGGGGACUGUUCAGGCCUAUCAUUCAGAAAGUUAUGGAAGUUUACCAACCGAAUGCAGUUGUUCUUCAAUGUGGUGCAGAUUCGCUAUCUGGAGAUAGGCUAGGUUGCUUCAACUUGUCCGUAAGGGGGCAUGCUGAUUGUCUCCGUUUCCUAAGAUCUUUCAAUGUACCUCUCAUGGUAUUGGGUGGUGGAGGUUAUACGAUUAGGAAUGUUGCCCGUUGCUGGUGCUAUGAGACAGCUGUUGCAGUUGGAGUAGAGCCUGAGAAUAAGUUACCCUACAAUGAAUAUUAUGAAUAUUUUGGUCCUGAUUAUACCCUUCAUAUUGAACCAAAGAACAUGGAGAAUCAAAACUCUAUAAAAGAUCUAGAGAAAAUCAGGAAUGCACUCUUGGAACACCUUUCGAAAAUUGAGCAUGCUCCUAGUGUGCAGUUUCAGGAAAGGCCACCAGCUACAGAUCCUCCAGAGGAGGAAGAUGAAGCUAUGGAUUGCCGCCCAGCUCCUCGAAUAUGGAAUGGUGGAUGUUAUGAUUCAGACCCUGAAGAGGACCAGAAGUCUCAAAAUGAAGACUCAAACAUGGAAAGUGAUUCUUUGGCUGAUUCUGAGAUACCGCAGAACCACAAUGAUACUUAGAUGCACCUUACCAGACUAACAUCUUUCAAGGAUCACGUCAAGUUUAAAUUUUGUGCUCAACCAAGUAGCUAUUUUUGAUCUUUUCGGCAAAGGGACAUGCUGUCAAGCUUGCACAGAUUACCGAUAUCAUGAUGUGGAUUUUGAUUUACUAAUAUAUUCUGAACUUGUGUAAAUGAUACAUGUUUGGAAGGUGUAGGUUAUAUGCUAGUACUUGAUCCAAAUCUUUUAUCGGUCAAUUUAAUUAUGUAGCUCUAUCAUUUUAAAUCUUCUGUGGAUAUCAGCUGUAUUAUUUGUUAGGUAAAUGUAAUUAUGUUUCCUAAUCAGAACACAAAAUCAAAGUUGUGUGCACCUUUUCAUAUUUUACAAAGAAUGGUUCUCCUGAAAUGUCAGGUUUAACAUGAAAUAAUUUCUCA